CCCUAGAAAAGUUGGUCCACAUGGAGACGGCACAACAGGAGCCUGCGCCCGGCUCGCUCAGCUGGAGACUCAGCAGCCAUCCCAUCACGCUGCUUACCUUCCUCUUCUUCCGCACCUCCUCUCUCGUCGUGUACCUCCUGGGCCUGCGCCUGCUAACCUCCAACUUCGUGCUCAUCUUCAUCAUCACGAUCCUGCUGCUAGCCAUGGACUUCUACUACCUCAAGAACAUAGCGGGGCGGCGCCUUGUGGGGCUGCGCUGGUGGAACGAAGUCGAUGCCAGCACGGGCGACGGCCGCUGGGUGUUUGAGAGCCUCGACCAGGAAACGAGUUCCCGCCAGAUCAAUGCCACGGACAAGCGCUUCUUUUGGCUCGCCCUGUAUGCGCAGCCGGUCCUCUGGGUGCUGCUGGCGAUUGUCGCGCUCGUCAGCUUGGAGUUUAUCUGGUUGACGCUUGUGGUGAUUGCCCUCGUGCUUACCAUUACCAAUACCCUGGCUUUCUCGCGCUGCGACAAGUUCAGCCAGGCUACGGGCUUCGCGUCAAAUGCCAUGUACGGAUCGAGUUUUGCGCGGAAUCUGGCUGGCGGUAUGAUUUCUGGGCUGUUCAGACGGUGAAUUGUCACCAUGCAUACAUACAAACAAGAACGUUGAGUUUUUACUUGUCGUUCUCCGUUCAACCCCCAGAAAGAAAGAAAGAAAGAAAGAAAGAAAGAAAGAAAGAAAGAACAAACAAAAAAAAAUCAGAAAGCAGUGCAUUAGCU